CGUGCGCCCGGCCCGGCGCGCGGGAGGCUUUGCACACGCGGCGCUCCGGCGGCCGCCGGCGGCGGUCGCGUUCGGAGGCAUGCCCGGAGCGGUGAGAUCAUCAGCGGUAUAAAUAUCCGCUGACGGCUCGGCAAGUGUGCGUGCGCGCCCGCGGGCGAACGCGCGCGCGCGCGCGUGUAGGAUUUCAGCCGGGUAAUGCGGAGGGCUUCGACUGGCGGGUGGUCGAGCAUGAACGUCCCGCUGUUGUACCUGCUCACCGUCGCGCACUUGGUGGCCGCGGCGCGUGGCCCGGCCGCGGCGGCGGCGGCGGGCCAAGAGGCGGAGGAGGAGCAGCGGCGGCGGCGGAGGGAGGAGGACGAGGACGACGAGGAGGAGAGCCGUUCGGGGCGCAGGACUUGCCGGCUCUACUGCAGGGUGGGCAUCGGCUUCCACCUCCAGAUCCACCCGGACGGCAGAGUCAACGGCAGCCACGAGGCCGACCGUCUGAGUGUUCUGGAGCUGUUUGCCGUGUCCCAGGGCGUGAUUGGCAUCCGAGGAGUGUACAGUGACAGAUUCCUGGCCAUGAAUAAGAAAGGACGCCUCCAUGCCACUACGUCAUUUACGGACGACUGCAAGUUCCGCGAGCGUUUCCAGGAAAACAGCUACAACACGUACGCCUCGGCGCUCCACUGGAACCGCAGGACCGGCCGCCAGUGGUUCGUGGCCCUCAACAAGCGAGGCAAAGCCAAGAUGGGCUCCGGCCCGCGGGUCAAAGCCCAGCACGUUUCCACGCACUUCCUGCCCAGACUCGACGACGAUGACGACGACGGCUACGGACGCGGCGAGCGGGGAUUCGCCGUCACGGACGGGAAAGGUGACGAGCGGAAAAAAACGCCGCCCGACCCGCCGUUGCCCAAAGCCAAGGUCCAGGUGGGGACACGACCCAAAAAGGUCAAGUACUGGCCCAAAUAUCGCUUUGGAUAGAACGCGGUGCUUCAGAAAAACUUCACGGCAUUCCCGACAUCGUCAAGCUCAAAAUGUCUUUGGUUUGUGACGAGGACUGAUGUGUCGACGCUUGCCAAGUUUUGUGACGCUCUCCGAUAUGGAAAUGGUAGCUAUGGGGGGGGGGGGGUGGACUGUUUUGUUGCAAUUCGGGAAACUAACUGCCAUUGUAAAAAUGGGUCCAAGACAUAAAAAAAAAAAAUGUAAAUCCUAUAAGGAAAACCUCCCAUCUUCAAAAUCAAACUUACUCGCUACAUCACCCCCUCCCGAAAAUGUUAAAAAG